UGAUGAUGGUGGCUUAAUAAUCUCAAGCGAUGAAGAUGAUGAAUCAAGUGUCGACUCUAGUGAUAGUGACGAGGAUGAUGAGAUCGAUGUUGUUUUAGAUGAUAGUAGUGAUGAUGCCAGUAGUGAUAGUAGCGAUGAAAGUCAUGACUAGGAGAUCGAAUUUAAUUUGUUACUGUAAAAUGAAUACUUAAAUUUGCUUGUAGUUGUGUAAUUGUCGGUUGAAUUUGAUUGUCAUUGUAAAAUCAAUUAAAGAGUUUGUCGUUUUAUUGUUAAUCUUGUUACAUCUCAUUAUACUUGUAAUUUUUAUAAUGUUAAUAAUAUCAUGGCAUGUGACUGACAUCUUUUUCAGGUGGAAAUGGUGGGAGGGAAAAAAGGAGAAUCAUCAAAGAAAAAUAAGGGAAAGGAGAAAAGGCAAGUUGUCAUUUAUGAUGACGACGAGGAAAUGGUGGACGUGGAGGACGCGGCAGAUUUGGGUGACAAUGAGGAUCCUCAAACACAAAUGCAGAUACAUCAUCAUGAGCAACAGCUUCAGGGGCAACAAGCCUCACAGUCUUCUAAGUUGGUGGUAUUAGACCCUGCCACUUGCUGGUAUGUAUGUAGUUGUAAUUUCAUUCCCUUUCUACCCAUAUUUCUUAUCACUGACCUAUGUAUUACUCUAACAUAAACUAUUUAUUUAUUAUUUGUUCAUGAUUCACAUUAAAAUAGGUUUGACGAUAAACCUGUGAGAAACGCCGUCUCUAACACCCUAACAGGUUACUAUCGAGCUGCUUGGAGGAAUUACGGAGAGGUUGAUAAGAAGACGAAGGAUCAUUGGUGGAACUUGUUUUGCGUAUGACAUUUUAUACUUAUAGCUAUGCAUGUAUUACUAAAUGUAUUGAUGGAGUUAUGUUUCAUAAUUUUAAAUGUUUUUCAUAUGCAGAAACAAUGCACAUGGGCACCUGAGUUAAACGACCACGUGAAGCGAACCUUCGAAGUCAAGUUCGCAGAUCGGCUGAAGGACAUGUUUCACGCAGUCACACACAGGAUGAACGGUAAGAAGCCAAGAUGGAUGAUCGAUGAAGUCCACAAGGAUUUGAUGGACGUUUUGGAAAAUGAUGAAGACUACAAGAAGAGGUCCGCACAAAACAAGAAGAACAGAAGAGGCGGAUCGAUGGACAAUGUGGUUGAGCCAACCCAUUACCAGGGUUCAAUUUCAUCUGUACAACAUGCUAAAAGGAUGGUGUGUUUGUUUUUUAGGCAAUUGAAAAAGACAACAAUUAUGGUUACAUUGAAAUGAUAAGCUUAAUUUGGUUUGGUGCAUGUACGUUCAAAGGCGGCGAAAAACAAUGGCCAGUUACCAACUGCACAUGAUCUUUUCAUGAAGACACACUUCAAGGAGAUCCCUGGGAAAGGAAAGGUGCCAGCAAAUGCCAAAGUCAAGAACAUUGCGGAGAACUACCAGAAGAAUGUUGAAGAAGCCACCACUCAAGGGAUUAAAAAGAGUCCUAAUGAGUUGUUUUGGGAGAGUGUGGGUGGUCUCAACAAGAAGGGUCGAGUGAGGGGACUUGGCCAAAGUGCAGAGCUGUACUUUGGCAACCGGACGGGUCGAGGUUCUAGGUCUUCACAACAGUACACACCGUCUGUUGUUAGUCAGAUGCAAGACCAGAUGGACCAUAGGGUGGAGGCUCUUCGUAGUGAGAUACGCAAUGAACUCCGGAGUGAAAUACGAAGUGAACUUCGAAGUGAAAUGGAAGUUGAGAUACAAGCUCAAAUUCAAGCUGAAGUAGCCCAAAUGGAAAGGAGAGCUGAGGAGAGGUGGAAUGACUUCAUCAGACGAUUUGGCAACGACACCUGUUCCACCAUUCAGCCUCAUCGACAAGACCCUAGGGAUGACCCGGGUAGUGGAGGAGCAAGCCAGGGUACCCCUGCAGUUUUUUAGCCUAGCUUAGGUUUAUGUAGUACGGACAAGUAGUUAAUUAGAAUUUAUGUAGCAUUUGAUGAUUUUCCCGCUUUUGUAGAAUUACUAUACAUUAUGUAGCUUUUAGAUAUGUUUAACUUCAGAAUAGCUUUUGUGGAAAUAUAUAUAUUUAUAUUUCCAAAAUUGGUUUAUGAUUUUAAUUUUCACAGGUAUUAGGUGCAGGAACAUAGGUUAUUAAUGCUGGACAACUAGAAUUUUGGCUUUGUGAAAUAUAUUAUGCGACGGAAAUAAUUAAUAUUUAGUUUGU